AUGGGUGCCGUAUUAGAGGAAACUUAUGAUUCCGGUGUCGUGGCAUUUCUUAUAUUAUGUACAGCUUUAGUCUUUAUUAUGGUUCCAGGUUUGGGAUUUCUUUAUUCAGGUUUAGCAAGAAGAAAAUCUGCCCUUUCAUUAAUAUGGGCUGUAUUAAUGGCAUGUUGUGUUGGUAUUUUCCAAUGGUAUUUUUGGGGUUAUUCAUUAGCUUUUUCUAAAACUGCAACAAAUAAAUUUAUUGGUAACCUGGAUUCAUUUGGAUUUAGAGAUGUUUAUGGUAAAGUUGAAUCUGAUGACCAAUAUCCUGAAUUAGUAUUUGCAAAUUAUCAAAAUAUGUUUUUAUGUGUCACUUUGGCAAUUAUUGCAGGUGCUACAGCUGAAAGAGGUCGUUUAUUACCUCAUAUGGUUUUCCUUUUCCUUUGGGCAACUUUAGUUUAUUCUCCAAUAGUUUGUUGGAUUUGGAGUUCAAAUGGUUGGGCUGCAUCUUGGGGAGUUUUAGAUUAUGCUGGUGGUGGUCCAGUUGAAAUUGGUUCAGGUGUUGGUGGAUUUGUUUAUUCAUGGUUUUUGGGUAAACGUAAAGAAAAAUUAUUAAUAAAUUUUAGACCUCAUAACGUUUCAUUAAUUACUUUAGGUACUGUAUUACUUUGGUUUGGAUGGUUAGGUUUUAAUGGUGGUUCAGCAUUUGCUCCAACUAUGAAGGCAAUGAUGGCUAUUAUGAAUACAAAUUUAACUGCUUCUUUUGCUGCAAUGACUUGGUGUUUAUUAGAUUAUAGAUUAGAGAAAAAAUGGUCCACUGUUGGGUUAUGUUCAGGUUUAGUUUCAGGUUUAGUUUCAUCAACACCUGCUUCAGGUAUGAUUACACCUUAUGGUUCAGUUAUAUUGGGGAUUGUUACUGGUAUAGUUUGUAAUUUUUCCACUGGAUUGAAAUAUUUAGUUGGAGUUGAUGAUUCUUUGGAUAUCUUGGCUGAACACGGUAUUGCAGGUAUGUUGGGAUUAUUUUUCAAUGCAUUAUUUGCAGCUGAUUGGAUUAUUGGAAUGGAUGGUUCAACUGAACAUCCAGGUGGAUUUAUUUCUCAUAAUUAUAAACAAAUUUAUAAACAAAUUGCAUUUAUUGCAGCUUGUACCGGUUAUGUUGCAGUUGUUACAUCAUUGAUUUGCUUUGUUAUUGAUAAGAUCCCAGGUUUAAAAUUAAGAGCUAAUGAAUAUGCUGAAGCUGCAGGUAUGGAUGAAGAUCAAAUUGGUGAAUUUGCUUAUGAUUAUGUUGAAGUUAGAAGAGAUUUCUUAAGUUGGGGUAAUAAUAAUCAAAUGGAACAAAAUCAAGAUGGUUCAUAUAUUCCAAAUCCUUUAAAUCAUCAAGAUGAUCAUAUUCCAAGAGUUGAAACUCAUGAUGGUGAAAAUGGUGAAUCAAGUGAAUUAAGUGAUCAUCAACAUUUAGAUCAAGAAAAACAAGGGGUAUGA